GCCCCCUCCCUCCCCCCGCGCGGGCCCUGCCCCCUCCCUCAGCGCCGCAGUGACAACAAGGAGGAAGCGCGCGGCGCGGGCAGAGCGGGAGCCGCCGCCGCCGCAGCGACAGCCAGCGCCGCCCCGUCCCGGCCGCCGCCGCCAUGAACAGCAAAGGACAAUAUCCCACCCAGCCCUCCUACCCGGUCCAGUCGCCGGGCAAUCCUCCCGUGUACCCGCAGACUCUGCCCCUUCCGCAGCCGCCGCCGUACACAGACGCGCCUCCUGCUUAUUCCGAGCUUUAUCGUCCCAGCUUUGUGCCUCUGGGGGCUGCCACCGUACCCACGAUGUCUGCGGCGUAUCCGGGCGCUUCGGUGUUCCUGCCCAUGGCCCAGUCGGUGGCCAUGGGCCCGAUCGGCUCUUCGGUCCCCAUGGCGUAUUACCCCGUGGGACCCGUUUACCCUCCGGGCUCCACAGUCCUCGUCGAAGGCGGCUUUGAUGCCGGAGCGAGGUUUGGGGCUGGUGGAACAGCCAGUAUCCCUCCCCCCCCUCCUGGCUGCCCCCCCAACGCCGCCCAGCUGGCCGUCAUGCAGGGAGCCAACGUCCUGGUGACGCAACGGAAGGGAAACUUCUUCCUGGGCGGCUCAGAUGGCGGCUACACUAUCUGGUGAAGAAGGCAGGGGAGGGGGGAGAGGGGGGGCUACAUUUGUGUAAGGAAAGACAUCACAUACUGUCAGCACUUCUCACAACGUAACUGCUUUAGUCCAUAUUAACCUGAAGUUGCAGAUGAGACGCACGGCCGUGAGGUGUCUUCCUGGUCUGGCGCCAGCCCUUCAGGCACUUUAAAGCAAAACCAGAAACCCUGCAAUGAGAGCGGUGCCUCUGCUAAAGGGGGAGGGAGAGUAAUUCAGGAGAUGAAUGCGAGCUGAGCAGCCCUGCCUCUUCCUUUCAUUUCACUGGAGUGAUUCUGCAGCACUGUCUCGGCUUUUAUUGAUCGGCUACCUAUACACUGGCUUUGGGGAGGGCGGGGGAGCGAAUCCGGUUUCCAGCGCAGCUCCUGCUCUUCGAGCUCGUAUUUGUUCGCUGCCUGCCAGUCGGACGGAGAGCCUCGAGAACGCCUGGGUUUCCCCUUCCGCGGAAGCGAAGGUGCUGGUAGAGAGCCAGGCCGCCUCGCUUCCCGGGGGCCGCGCAGCAGCGAGGCCCCGCGGCGCUUUCCUUCCUGACCUCACUCUCGAGCGGGUCCCUCGAAGCGCUCUCCGUGCUCACAUUCGUCCUCCGUUUUCCUCCAGGAAGGUAUGCAGCUAGCGUGUAUCAUGGGAUUUUUUUUAUACACUCCAAGUAAUCUUGGAUUUCUUUGCACAUUAGAUCUAAUCAAAGCCAUGCUUUGGUGCCAGAAACACAAUGCAACUCAUGUUUGAACAUUUCAUUAAAUGCUAACUAGGCUUUUAGAACGAUGCUUAAUAAACCAACUAUUUUUUUUUAAACUCAACCUGGUGUCUUGACACCAAAACUCCUUAAGGCUGUUGUUCAAACAGAGAGGCUGGUUACCAUCUGCACAAGGGUGUGUAGCAACCGUCGAUCAACACACAAAUUAGCUUGGUUAAUGGAUUGUUUUAUGAACGCAUACUUCAAAAAUGACUUGGGUAUAAUGAAGUCUUAUUAGGGUUAAGAAGAAUAUUUCAGGGAUCCUCAAUGUUUUGGGUUUUUUUUUCUUUUUUUGUUUUAUGAAGAAAAAUAUCAGAUUCAAAUAUAUUUUAUCUUGAGGUUUCAGUUUAAUCUAAAUCUGUGUCUUGUAUAUGUUGUGUUUAACCAUACAACUGACUGUUAUGAAAGUUCAGCAUUACGUCUCUCUCUGUAUACACUGUGGUGCACUUAACUUGUGGAUUUUUUUAUACUAAAAAAAAAGUAGAAUAAAGACUAUUUUGAAAAUUUGAAUAAA